UCGGCCCUGGACGUUAAUAAAAUGCUGGAUUCAAUCAAGUGUGUCCUGGUGGGAGACUCCGCGGUGGGGAAAACAUCUCUUUUGGUACGUUUCACCUCCGAGACUUUUCCAGACGACUACAGACCCACCGUAUACGAAAAUACCGGAGUGGAUGUCUUCAUGGAUGGUGUACAGAUUAGCCUAGGUCUUUGGGACACAUCUGGCAGCGAUGCCUUCAAAAGCAUUCGCCCCCUCUCAUACCAACAGGCAGACGUGGUAUUAAUGUGCUACUCGGUGGCAAACCACAAUUCCUUUCUGAACCUGAGGAACAAAUGGAUUGGCGAGAUCCGCAGCCAUUUGCCCCGCAUCCCCGUGUUGGUAGUGGCUACUCAGACUGACCAGCGCGACAUGGGGCCCUACCAUUCCUCCUGCAUCAGCCCGAUAGAUGGGAAGCGGCUCGCCCAGGAAGUGCGAGCCAAAGGCUAUUUGGAGUGCUCUGCCCUCAGCAACCGAGGGGUGCAGCAGGUGUUUGAGUACGCCGUGCGGACAGCAGUCAAUCAAGCCAAGAGGCAGAACAGGAGGAAGCUCUUCUCCAUUAACGAGUGCAAGAUCUUUUGAGGACCAUCAGCAGUGGUUUUGCCCGCGUUCGUUCUUUCUGUCUUUGCACAAAGAUACUGCGGCAGAGAGAAUAGGAGCUGAAUCAAAGGACUCCUGGCAGGACCACAGUGCAGGUGCCCCUAGUGAGAGAUGUGCACUCUACCUGAUCUGCUCCCCCUCAACACACAU